GACAUGGCAAGUUUAUCAAAAGGAGAUAUGUUGAAGAAUUUCAUGCAGGCCAUCUUGGGAUUUACUUUUGGUUUGAACAUUGCUUAUGGAUUAGGGAUUAAAUAUACAUCAGCAACCAUGGGAGCUGCAGCCUAUAAUUGUGUCCCUGUCACCACAUUCUUCUUGGCUCUUAUUUCAAGGAUGGAGAAAGUAAAUUUAAAGAAAGCAAGUGGAAUAGCCAAGGUUGGAGGCUCAAUAUUGUGCAUUGCUGGUGUUGCCGUUCUUGCUUUUUACAAAGGCCCUCAUUUUAAUACACUCUUCAAAUUUCACCUUUUUCAAACUGAUCAUCAACAAUCUCAUGUUUCUUCCAAGAAAGAAUGGAUUCUUGGCUGUUUCUUGCUCUUCCUUACUUGCCUUUCAUGGGGGUUGUGGUUUGUUCUUCAGGCUUGGGUUUUGAGAAGUUGUCCAUCUCCACUUGUGGUAACAUUUGGACAAACAUUUUUAAGUGCCAUUCAAUCAUUUUUUGUGGCUAUUGCAAUCGAAAGAAAUCCUUCUCAAUGGAAGUUGGCUUGGAACAUUUCCCUAGCUGCUAUACUUUAUUGCGUAUGAUUUUUUCUUUUCUUUCCUUGGAGUAUGAGGAUUGCAGCCUCUAAUCCUUUAUAUUAUAUUAAUACAAGUUAAUUAUUUUUUAGCUACAAUUUUGUUGUUUGCAGGGAAUUUUUGUAAUACCCAUUGGAACCUAUUUGUCAAGUUGGGUGAUAAAAAAGAAAGGUCCAGUUUUCCAAGCUGUUAAUACACCUUUUAAUCUUAUUUUCA